UUGGGAUGACGAGUACCCUGUACAUCUACUUAGCUGUGUAUGGGAUGUGAAAGUUGAAGUAGGCUAUCAAAGAUGACUAGAAAAUUGUCUAAAGAGGAAAUCAAGGACAAACUAGAUGGAGAGGAACUAGACUUGAGUCUGUGCAAUUUGGCAAAAGUACCAAUACGAGAAAUGGCCUCUCUGCCAAGGGCGACGAUUGUGGAUUUAUCCUGUAACAAUUUAACUAUACUCUCGGAUGCAUUUUGUACCUUACGACACCUAGUACAACUGGACUUAAGUAAGAAUGCUCUCACAGAACUUCCAAAGGACUUUGGUAAUCUUAGCCAACUGAAGCGACUUGACCUCUAUAGUAAUCAGCUGAGCUCCUUGCCAGUUAGUUGUGUAAGCCUCAGGGAACUGAGAUGGUUGGACUUAAAGAAUAAUCCUAUGCAAACGUUAUUGCCAGACAUCAUUGGAAAUUGUUUAAAGGAAGAAGAGUGUAGACAGUGUGCUAUAAAUGUGCUGACUUAUCUUAAAGUGUUAGCUGCUAAUGAGGAACAGGAGAACCAAGCAAGGCUAAUAUUAGAAAGAGAGCAAAAAGCACUUGAGAAAGAGAAAGAACAACAGCAAAAACAACUUAGAAAGAGGCAAAAACAGCAAGAAAAACAACUUAAAAGAGAAGCAUAUGAAGCAAUGGAAAGACAGAAAAAAAUGAUGGCAGAAGAAACUGACAAGGCUAUAAAAGCUCAAGAAGAAUUCAUGGAAACCAGACCUGGUAAACCAGAGGCUCCAACCCAAGAGGAAGAUGGAGGGUUGAUGGGACUGUUAUUGAUUUGCACGCUUCUUACUCUGGGUGUUGCCAUGGCCAUUGUUAUCUUCUGUCAUCAUGAUGCCACUUGCCAUGAAUUGUUAUCAUCAUUAUCAUCUUGACAACACCUAAUUGUGUCAGAGAAUAGUUUAACUAUAAUAGAAUUACAAUAUGGUCAGAAAGGUCAGAGUCA